CUUAUAUAUCGUACUUAAGUGCAGUCCUACUAAGGUUCGUCUGCCUCCCUCAGUCCUCCCUUCAGGUCUGCACCACUGCCGUAUUUUCUCAUAUAGGGUGUGAAUAAAACAGUUGGCCAAGAUGUCUGAAAAAAAGAUGACAUCGAGUCGCCGGCACAACCUGAAGAGUACAUUGCUUGCCAUUGCUAAGACUCUUCUGGAGAAAGAAGCUGCUCAACUCAUUAAGGACAAGGAAACUUACAUGGCAGAAAACUGCCCCGCUCUGUCCUUGUCCGGAUCUCUACAGGAUAUACAGGAAUUCGUCAAGAAACUGCACCAGCAAAUCGACAAGGUGGAUGAGGAGAGAUACGACUUGGAGGCCAAAGUACAUAAGGCAGCGAAAGAGAUUGAGGAUCUGAAGAUCAAGGUGGUGGACCUGAUAGGCAAGUUCAAGAAACCCGCCCUGAGAAAAGUGCGUAUGUCCGCUGAUCAGAUGCUUCAGGCUCUGCUCGGCUCCAAACACAAGGUGUCCAUGGAUCUGAGAGCCAACCUGAAACAAGUCAAGAAGGAGGUCAAAGAAGAGGUUCCAGACGUUGACUGGCGUAAGAACAUUGAGGACAAGGCCGGUAUGGAUGGCAGGAAGAAGAUGUUUGAGGGCGAGGCCUAAAUUCUUGGACAUUUCUAUAUUUGUUUAUCAUAGGAGUUCUUCAGAUCUGUGCAGUCUUUCAUCAUUUUGCAAUAGUUAUAUGUUUUUUUUUUCUGGUGUCAGUGCCUCAAACCAGCAUUUGUUUUCAGCAGUAUUUAUGUCCUGAAAGAGGAAUCUGUAUCAUUGCAGAGCCACUACCAUUAAAUGAAUUUUGAGGAAGAA